UAAAGUCGCGCCAAGCUCGCUUCCAGUGCCGCGUGGUACUUCGAGUGGAACUUAACUCAGUUUAAACAUGCUGUUGCUCGUUUUGACGAUCAUCCUCUCCGUCCUGAGUGGAUUGUUGUACUGGAACCAUCGUAGGAAGUACAGAUUUGCGGACAAAUGGCCUACGAUGCAGCCUGCCUACCCUUUGGUUGGCAACGCUCUGUCGAUGGUAGGAAAAACUGAUGUGGAGAGGUUUGAAGUGAUCAAACGCGCGUUUCGUGUGUCGGAUAGAAUAUCGAAGGCUUGGGCUGGACCCAAACUUUUGCUUAUUACCAGUCAUCCGGAUCUGAUUCAGCAGAUUUUAACGAGCCAAGAUUGUCUGGAGAAACCAUUUCUCUACGAGUAUGCCGGUUUCAGUGAAGGACUCUUCACCGCUAAAUAUCCCAUUUGGAAGGGGACGCGAAAGCGGUUGAAUCCGUGUUUCAAUCAGCGAGUUGUCAACAGUUUUGUUCCGGUGUUUGUGAGAUGUGCCGAGAAGAUGGUGGCCAGUUUGAAUGAGUGUGAGGACGGGGCCACCGUCAGUAUGCACAAGUAUACGUCGCUCUGCACCGUUGAGAUGGCAUGUGGAACCACCAUCGGAACGGAUAUUCUCGAUAGGAAAGGCAAGCGGGAGUUUAAACAGGCACUGGAUAUAGCUUCCGAACGGGCAUCGAGAAGAAUGAUAAGUGUGCAUCUUUAUCCGGAUUUCGUGUAUCGUUUUACCAGAUUUUAUAAGGAGUGUACUGAGGCUAGGAAAAUUGUCGUCGAUUAUUACACCCAGCUCGUGAUGGAACGAAAGGAGCUCCUAUUAAAAAAAGCCACCAACAACAAUAACGGUAACGAGGAGGAAGAUAUUACCAGACCCAAGAUUCUCGUCGAUCAAUUGCUGACAACAACCAAUGAGGAUGGUAAACCGUAUUCGGACAAGCAAAUUACAGACAAUGUAUAUGCUACUAUGACCGGGGCUACCGACACCGCAGGUUUGCUGACGGCCUACUCCUGUCUCUUCAUGUCGUUCUAUCCGGAGGUCCAGGAACGUCUGUAUGCCGAAAUCAUCGAACACUUCCCAGCCGACAGUGCCGAGCUGGAUUUUGAUCCGGAAACCAUCAAAGAGCUAAAAUAUACCGAGAUGUUCCUGAACGAAGUACAACGACACUGGACCGCAGUGCCCCAGAUUGCACGGCAAAAUAUCGCCGAGGUCGAAAUCGAUGGCGUGAAAGUACCCCCGGGGACCAUUUUCGUUAUGAGUUUGAUUGAGUUGCACAAACGAAAGGAUGUUUGGGGCCCAGAUGCGGAGCGGUUCGACCCGGAGAAUUUCUCCCCGGAACGGGUGAAGGACCGUCAUCCGUUUGGAUACCUGCCGUUCAGUGGUGGCAACCGGAUUUGCAUUGGUUGGCGUUAUGCAAUGUUCGCUAUGAAAAUAAUCAUGGUACAUCUGGUGCGAAACUUCAAAUUCAGCUCCAAGAUCAAGCCGGAGGAUAUUGUGUUUAAGCAUGACUUAACGUUAAAAUUGCCAUUCGAUGUUAUGGUACAGGUUACUAAACGAAAUGUUGUGAAAUACAGAAAACUGCGCGUCGUCGUGACUGAUCUGAAACAAGCAAACGAUAUUGCUAGCAAUGAGAUCUUCACGAGGGAGUAUCGCGUCUACGUACCUUCUCGGAUGGUGGAGAUCGACGGUGUGGUUCGCGAGGAGAGUUUAACGGUUGAAGAUCUUAUGAAGGAUGGGAUUGGCCGCUUCAAGAAUGUCGAUCUUCAACCAGUGAAGAUAUUGGAGUGCAAGCAAUUGCACUCUAAAUCGGCACAAGAUGGGAAGUACUACCCAUCAGACUCUUUUCACAAACUAUGGCGUGUGACACGUAAACGGCUAAAUCCAUGCUUCAAUCAGCGCAUUUUAAAUGGAUUUAUUCCAACGUUUGUGAAAUGCGCUCGUCAUAUGACCGAAAAGCUGAACCGGUGUUUGGAUGGUGCAACGGUUAACAUCCAUAGAUACACAUCGAUCUGCACUCUAGAGAUGGCUUGCGGAACUUCGCUCGGCAGUGACAUUGCGCAAUAUAAGGGCAAGAUCGAAUUCGUGCACGGUCUUGAUGUAGCAUUCAACGAAGCCGCACGGCGGAUGGCUUGCGUUCAUCUCUACCCAGAUACUAUUUAUCGGCACACCAGUCACUACAGGGACUUAAUGCAGGCGAGAAAUGUUGUAUGUGACUUUUUCAAACAGAUUGUUACAGAAAAAAAGAAACAAAAUAGUUCGAAGGGUGACUGUGAGAAAGACGAUAACCAUAAACCGAAACCGUUGAUAGAUCAACUACUGAGUUCUUCCCAGGAUGGAAUGGCCUUCAGUGAGACUGAAAUCAUCGACAACAUCUAUGCAGUCAUAACCGGAGCUAAUGAUACAUCCGGUUUGCUGAUAGCUCACGCUUGCUUGUUCUUAUGUUUUUAUAAGGAUAUUCAGGAGAAGCUGUACGCAGAGAUAAUGGAGCUCGUUCCGAACGACGAGGUGGAAAUCAACGCCGACACUUUGAAGAAACUAACCUACCUGGAAAUGUUUCUGAAGGAGUGUUUGCGGCACUGUCCCGUAGCUCCGAACAUUUCCCGUGAAAAUAUGGUGGAAAUGGAAAUCGAUGGAAUGAAAGUACCACCGGGGAACAUUUUCAUAAUGAAUUUUUACGCGCUGCACCGGCGAAAGGAUGUGUGGGGACCGGAUGCCGAACGGUUCGAUCCCGAGCAGUUUAGCGAACAGCGAGCCAAGGAUCGGCAUCCAUUUUCUUUCCUGCCGUUCAGUGGGGGCAGCAGAAUGUGUAUUGGUUGGCGUUACGCUAUGAUCAGCAUGAAGGUGAUGCUAAUUUAUCUCAUCAGGAAUUUCCGGUUCGAUUCCAAGAUACGACAGGAGGACGUCCGGUACAGGCACGAUUUGACUAUGAAACUGCCGUUCGAGCAUUUAAUUCAGAUUAACAAACGAUUCCACUUGAAAGGCAGCUCCUUGACAGUGUCGGAUUAGAUCGGUCUAGGACAAUUCAACAAGUCAACGGGCAUUGAAUAAUUUUUGUGUGAUUUGAGACUGGUUCAUAAAAAAAUGAGAACGCAUUGUUGUUGGUUGGUAAAAAGAUAAUAAUAUUGAUGGAAAUACGUAUUAUUGUAUCUAAUGUAAGAUAGUUAAUUAUGCAGAUGGUUCACCCCCACCCGAAGAAAA